UGCUCGCCACUGCGCAUGCGCAGACAGUAGACAGCUGAUAACUCAUCUAUUAUGCUACUUCGCUAAAUAAAAAAUCUUUAAGAAAACUGACCGGAGCCCGUCGCUGGACGCACCGGAGGACCGAGACACAAAGUAAACACGCCUCUCUGACCGGUACCGGGGGGUUAGAGGUUAAACUGAGCGGAGGGUGUGCAAAAUUUCUCUGUAUGUGUCGGAGCCUGGCUGGCCGCUCGGCGCCUUCAGACAAAGCUCAAGCUAACAGGCUAACGGCUUAUUAGCUAGCCAAACACCGAGCGGUAACAUCUGCAAAGAUUGGAUCUGUGAGCGCAUUAAUCUACUCGGUGUGCGUCUUAUAACAAACAAAAGUCAAGAUACCCCCUUCAACCCACGCUCACAUACCUACACGGACGGUAUUAUUUAAUAUUAACGACAUUUACGUCUUUGGUUGUGCGAUGGGAGUUUGUCUCCACGGGGGAAACAUUGAGCUGAAGAAUCGACACCAACAACACCUGAACUGAACAUACUUAAACACACCUGUGUGCGCACACACCCUCACACCACAGAGGGAGUUGUUUUUUCACCUUCAGGUCAGACACUGCCGUCCCACAGUGCAUUGCUGCGUCACCGCCGUCCACCAUGUCGGACGCGCCUGAGGCUGCGCCCCCCAGCCCCCCUACCCUUACCAACCCGGCCCCACCUGAGGUCACCAAUCCCACCAAACCUGGCAGAAAGACCAACCAGCUGCAGUACAUGCAGAAUGUGGUGGUGAAGACUCUGUGGAAGCAUCAGUUUGCCUGGCCUUUCUACCAACCUGUCGAUGCCAUCAAACUUUGCCUGGCAGACUACCACAAGGUGAUUAAGAACCCGAUGGACAUGGGAACCAUCAAGAAACGUCUGGAGAACAAUUAUUACUGGAGUGCCAGUGAGGCCAUGCAGGACUUCAACACCAUGUUCACCAACUGUUAUAUCUACAACAAGCCUACAGAUGACAUCGUCCUCAUGGCUCAGGCUCUAGAGAAAAUCUUUCUGCAAAAAGUUGCUCAGAUGCCCCAGGAAGAAGUUGCUCUGCUCCCGCCAGCUCCCAAAGGCAAGAGCAAGAGCAAACCCGCUGCUGCUACUACAGUGAGCCAGCAGGCUGAGUCCUCAGCCUCCCCACCCCCCUCCUACCCCUCUCCCUCGCCCUCUCAGACACCUGUCAUCUCAACCACGCCCACACCUGUCCAGACCACACCCCCUGUCUCUGCCCCACAGCCCUCGGCAACCAUGAUGCCGUCUGCACAGCCUGUUGUAAAGAAGAAAGGUGUGAAGAGGAAAGCCGACACCACCACUCCCACCACAUCGGCCAUCUCUGCCGGCCGUGCAGACUCUCCAUCCGCUCAGGACACCAAACCGGCCAAACUAGGCUUGUCCCGCCGCGAGGCCGCUGCCCGACCCGCCAAGGCCCGCAGGGAGACGGUUGAGGAGGUGCCAGGGGUUGAGGUGGGAGGCGGCGGAGGGGGAGUCGGCAGGAGUAAGGCCGAUAAGCUGGGUGAGCAGAUGAAACAUUGCGACGCCAUCCUGAAGGAGAUGCUCUCUAAGAAACACGCUGCCUAUGCCUGGCCCUUCUACAAGCCAGUGGACGCAGAGGCGCUGGAGCUGCACGACUACCAUGACAUCAUCAAACACCCCAUGGACCUCAGCACUGUCCGGAAAAAGAUGGAUAAAGCAGAGUACAGUGAUCCUCAAAGUUUUGCCACUGAUGUCAGGUUAAUGUUCUCCAAUUGUUACAAAUACAAUCCUCCAGACCACGAGGUGGUGGCCAUGGCCCGCAAGCUGCAGGAUGUGUUUGAGAUGCGUUUUGCUAAGAUCCCAGAUGAGGGCCUCGAAGCAUCGGUCCCAUCUACAACACCAUUGGUCAGUAAAAGCACCGCCUCCUCUGACAGCAGCAACAACUCCUCCUCCGACGAAUCGUCCGACUCAGAGGAGGAGCGAGCCACGCGAUUGGCUGAGCUACAGGAGCAGGUUGGUGCUGCCGACCAAUCACAGUUAAAGGCGGUGCACGAGCAGCUGGCCGUCCUAUCCCAGGCUCCAGUCAGCAAGCCAAAGAAGAAAAAAGAGAAGAAAGAUAAGGAGAAGAAGAAAGAAAAGGAGAAAGACAAAGGGAACAAGGGCAAGAUGGAGGAAGAAAAGAAGCCCAAGGCUGCCGCUCAGCAGCCCAAACCUGCCAACCAGAAGAAAGCGCCAGCCAGGAAAGCCAACAGCACGGUAACCGCCACGAGGCAACCUAAGAAAGGUAGUAAGGUGUCGGGCGGUGGCUCGGCUAAUGGAGAUGAUGGCGAGGAGUCAUCACUGCCGAUGUCUUAUGACGAGAAGCGCCAGCUGAGUUUGGAUAUUAACAGGCUGCCGGGGGAGAAGCUGGGCCGUGUCGUCCACAUCAUCCAGUCCAGAGAACCGUCGCUGAGGGACUCCAACCCUGACGAGAUUGAAAUCGACUUUGAAACCCUCAAACCCUCCACACUUCGAGAGUUGGAGCGCUACGUCAAAUCUUGCCUUCAGAAGAAGCAGAGGAAGCUACUGCAGAAGGCAGCUGGAGGUGGGGCCUCGGGAGGCGGGGCUAGUCGUUUGAGUGGCAGCUCCUCUUCCUCUUCUGAUGACAGCUCCUCAACAGGAACCUCCUCUUCCUCCGACACAGACUGAACACACACAUACACACAGUACCCAAACACAAUAUACACACACACACACAAGUUACUGAACACACACACUGAUCACACACACAGAGGUUUAUACACACACACAGACACAGCUCAAUCUAUAAAGUUAAUACAUUCAUAUAUACAUUAACGCACACAUCCAUGUAAACUUCCAUCCUGAACAAACACAAACAAAAGACAGAGAUACACACUCUGAACUUACAACACACACACACAUACACACACAACCACACGCGCCCACACGCCCAGACUUGGAGACUGUAUGUAAAUAGGCUGCCCUGUUUUUUAGCUCGUAGUGUCGUUUUUUUUUUCUGGAGGAAUGCCGACAGAUAGAAGGGAAGAAGAAAGAAACAACUUCCCAGCAAGAGAACAAGAAGGGAGGGAGACAUGGUGGAGAGACGAGCUGUCUGAGAGUCGUAUUGAUCUUCUCUCACACAACACUCGAGCAUCGUUGCCAUGGAGGUUUUCUUCUUCUCCUUGGACGGCCGGCUGUGACCCCUGACCUCUAAAAACAUUCCAGAAGCAUCUAUAGAGCAUCAUGGAGGAGGAGGUGAUCUCAGUGGGUUUUACUCCGAUUAAGGUUUUGGAUAUUGAUUGAAUGGAAGUUGAACUCGAAGAGCUACCUUUGGUCCACAAGGUAGAAACACCUGUUUGACAAAGUUCGGAGCAUCAUGGGACACAUGGGAGCCAAUCAAGUUCUUACAUUAGAGUGUAGUUCAGAUUUGCAGUAAAUCUGUAACAAGUGAAACUGUUUAACUUCAGAUUGGAGAUGACCCAGUCCUGAUCAAUUAUGUUCAAACAUCAACUCUUUGCUUUAUGAAGUCCACAAAUCAACUUUAAUGGGCUUGAAACUUGCUGCAGAGAAAAUAUCUUAAAUAAUCUACUUUUAGAUCCACUCAGUGUGUUUAUUUUCUUUAAAGAGUAUCUGAACUUUAAAUCCACCAGAUUAAACUGUCAGUAUGGUCAAUUUGUCAUUCUGGUCUAAGUCUGCAUUGUUCACUGUAAUGAAAGUUUUUUUUUUUUCUUUUUCCAGUGAAAAUCCAGUUAUUCUUUUAAAGACCAAAAGAUGUCUAUAAAAUGAUUGUGUUGCCUCUGAUGUGUCUUUGGUCUGGUCCCAUAGACACAUUUAAAACAGAAGUCAAUUCUUCCUGCUCAACGCACAAGUCGCAUACUGAUUCUGGAUGUCAAACUGACCUCAGAUCUGGUGUCAUAUGUCCGUCUCUAGUAUGGAUUUGUGAUAAGAGAUGACAGUAGUUUGGUCAGAGGUGUGUUAUGUUGCUGCCGUAGACAGCUCCACUUAUUAAAUCUGUGACAGAAGAAGAUGGUCAUUAGUUGUCUGCUAACUGCAGAGUCUUUGUAUCUAUUGAAUAUGUGUUGGUCAAGCUAAAAGGAGGCAUUUUGUUAUUCUUUAAUGUGAUGUAAAGCUGGUUUAAACUGGUGCUGCACCUAACAAUUGUUGUCUUCAUUAGUUAUGUUCUUUCAUUUAGUUUUAGAAAUAUCGGAAAAUCAUGAAAAACAUCCCUCUUAGUUUCUUAGUCGUAGGUUACAUCUUCACAUGUUUUUCCAACCAGAAGUCCAAAACAAAGAUUCAGUUCUUUAACGCACCAAACGUUUUCAGAAAUAGUCUCAACUGCAUCAGCACGCUUAUUUUAACUUUAGCUUUAACAAUAGAAUGGGACUGGGAUGGAUUUCUUUCUCUGCAACAACUUUCAAGUCUCUGCAGGACUUUUUUUUUUUAAUUUAAAAGAAAGGAAAUCAAUUGAAAAUCUGAUGGAUAAUUUGUAUAAUGAAUGUGCUAAUGAAAGCUAAUUUGUGCUCUGAUUAAAAAAA